CGAACAAACCGAGAAGGAUUAGAACACAGAGAAAAUGUAUCGAGUGGCGCUUCCGCCACUUGCUAGAUUCUCUGCUCUGUGUGCUUACCCACCUGGUUGCUUCGCGGAAUCUGCCUCCUACCUAUCAAGAAAAAUUACUUGCUUGAAUAUUUUUAUAUUUGUGGGCUGGCUGUAGAACGUUUUCCUGUUUUUACACUGAUGACAAGAAGGAAAAAGAAACUUUUGAUUGGUCUUUAUGGGUGUCUAUUCUAUUGGUGCCAUCACUUCUUGAAUAUCCCACCAAUUGGCUGGCUUGAAAAAUUUAAUGAGAUCGCAUUGCUGAUAUUUCUUACCAAGUCAACCCAUCUCUUUUCAUUGACUUCUACUCCCUCUUCCCCCGUCCUACUUUGUGUAUUAAACCCAAUUAUCAAAGAAGAAAUUUCUUGUGAAAGACUGCUAACCAGUUUCACAGUUCCAUUUUUGUUUUUUUUUAUUUUAAAAGUCUGAGCUACAAGAAUUGGAGUUUGUUUCUGGUUCAGAUUGGUACCUGGGUAGUUUUGGGUUCCAUUUCUCAAGUUCUUUUGAGAACUUCUGGAUGGUCCUUUGGCUUCUUUGAAGACUUGUUUUUGAUCCUUGAUCUGUUCUUGUUUCUACCUUUCGUUUCGUUCUCUAGUUUCCAGCAGUUUGAGCAUAAACUAGAUACAUUGUAUUCUUUGUUUUUUCUCUUGUUGACUUUACUGUGAUUAUCAGAGAGCAUUCUUUGUAUAGUUAUUGAUAUUACAGAUUAAUUUAGACAUUGAAUCUUGAAAUAUUUAAUUACUGUUAUUUGUCCGAUUUGUUAGCUUUCCUGACCUUUCUGUGUCGUUCCCUCUUUGGUGCUAAAUUAUCCCGUUUCAAGAUAAGAAAAAGUCUCUUUUUAAGAUUUCUAGUGUGAGGUAACAAGGAAACAGGAAGAUGGCUCACUUAACUUACUCUGAUUCAAUGUCUGGGGGCUCUCAGCACGGUCAAGGUGUGCAAUUUGUGCCAUUCAAGACUGCUGCAGGGUCACUCAGGGUGUUGUUGUUGCAUGGAAAUUUGGAUAUUUGGGUGAAGGCAGCCAGGAAUCUUCCGAAUAUGGAUUUAUUCCACAAGAGUUUAGGUGAUAUGUUUGGGAGAUUGUCUGGGAAGUUUAUGAGUAAAGUGGAAGGAAACACGCCUACCAAGAUAACAAGUGAUCCUUAUGUCACUAUUACGGUGUCUGAUGCCGUUGUUGGUAGGACUUUCGUGAUAAGUAACAGUGAGAACCCUGUUUGGAACCAGCAUUUUCACGUUCCAGUGGCUCAUUAUGGUGCAGAAGUGCAUUUUGUGGUAAAAGACAGUGAUAUUGUGGGAUCUCAGAUUAUGGGGGCUGUUGGAAUCCCAGUCGAGCAACUAAUCUCAGGUGCAAGAAUUGAGGGUACUUAUCCGAUAAUUGGUGCAAAUGGGAAGCAAUGCAACCCAGGGGCUGAGUUGAGCCUUUCAAUUCAAUAUAUACCAAUGGAUAGGGUGCCCCUUUAUCACGGUGGGGUGGGAGGCGACCUUUCUUAUCAAGGUGUACCUGGUACCUAUUUCCCUCUUCGGAGAGGAGGAACAGUCACACUUUAUCAAGACGCCCAUGCCGACGAUGAUUUGCUUCCAAAAUUGUGGCUGGCUAAUGGCAGACUGUAUCAACAUGGACACUGUUGGCGUGAUAUUUAUGAUGCGAUAUCUCAGGCUCGUCGCCUAAUUUAUAUCACAGGGUGGUCUGUUUACCACUUAGUUCAACUUGUCAGGGAUGAUCCUAAUGUAACAAAUAGUACAUUAGGUGAGCUUUUGAAGGUGAAAUCCCAGGAAGGUGUACGGGUGCUGCUCCUAGUAUGGGAUGAUCCUACUUCCACAAGCAUAUUGGGGUAUAAGACUGAAGGCGUAAUGAAUACAAGUGACGAAGAAACACGGCGUUAUUUCAAGCAUUCAUCUGUCCAGGUGCUGCUGUGUCCACGGAGUGCUAAGAAAGGUAGCUGGGCCAAAAAGCAGGAAACUGGAACAAUCUAUACUCAUCAUCAGAAAAGUGUGAUAGUAGAUGCUGAUGCAGGUAACUAUAGGAGAAAGAUCAUAGCAUUUGUUGGGGGCCUUGAUCUGUGCAAGGGAAGAUAUGAUACCCAAAAGCACCCAAUUUUUAGAACAUUGCAAACUGUUCACAAAGAUGACUAUCAUAAUCCUAAUUUCACGGGGCCUGCUGUUGGUUGUCCACGAGAGCCAUGGCAUGAUUUACACUGUAAAAUUGAUGGUCCAGCUGCAUACGAUGUCUUGACCAAUUUCGAAGAGCGUUGGUUGAAGGCCUCAAAGCGCCACGGCCUUCAGAAAAUGAAAGCUUCUUAUGAUGAUUCCUUACUCAAGCUUGAAAGAAUCGCUGAUGUAUUGGGGAUAGCUGAGGCUGCCAACCAGACACAAGGUGAUCCAGAGGGUUGGCAUGUUCAGGUUUUUCGUUCAAUUGACUCAAACUCAGUUAAAGGCUUCCCCAAGGAUCCAAAAGAAGCUCCAAACAGGAACCUGGUAUGUGGGAAGAACAUACUGAUUGACAUGAGCAUACAUACUGCUUAUGUGAAGGCUAUCCGAUCAGCUCAACAUUUCAUUUACAUCGAGAACCAGUACUUCCUUGGGUCAUCAUUCAAUUGGGCUAAUUAUAAGGACUUGGGUGCAAACAAUUUAAUCCCUAUGGAAAUUGCUCUCAAGGUUGCUAAUAAAAUCAGAGCAAGGGAAAGGUUUUCUGUUUACAUUAUCAUUCCAAUGUGGCCAGAGGGAGUUCCUACCAGUACUCCCACUCAGAGAAUCCUGUUUUGGCAGUAUAAUACAAUGCAAAUGAUGUACGAGACUAUCUACAAGGCUUUAGAAGAGAUGGGGCUAGAGAAAGAGUAUGAACCGCAGGAUUAUUUGAAUUUCUUCUGCCUUGGGAAUCGUGAGGCUGAAGACAGUGGCGGCAAGCCCAUCACAAAAGGCUCGGAUGGAAAUACCCCACAAGCGCUCACUCGGAAAAACCGGCGGUUCAUGAUCUAUGUUCACUCAAAGGGAAUGAUAGUGGACGAUGAAUAUGUGAUAUUAGGCUCCGCUAACAUCAACCAACGCUCUCUAGAAGGAACCAGAGACACUGAAAUUGCUAUGGGUGCAUAUCAGCCUCAUUAUACAUGGACAAACAGACAUGGAAAUCCACAUGGGCAGAUCUAUGGAUAUAGAAUGUCGCUUUGGGCAGAGCACACAGGCACUCUAGAGCAAUGUUUUGAGCAACCAGAGAGUCUGGAGUGCAUGAGACGCGUAAGAUGGAUGGGUGAGCAGAACUGGAAACAGUUUGCAGCAAAUGAAGUAAGCGAAAUGCGAGGCCACCUGCUCAAGUAUCCAGUUGAAGUCGACAGAACGGGAAAGGUUAGGCCUCUUCCUGGCAGCGAGACAUUUCCAGACAUGGGCGGCAAGAUAAUCGGGACAUUUACAGGCAUUCAAGAGAAUCUUACCAUCUGAUCACAGCAGAUUUUGUCUGAUGCCAUUUUUCUAGUUCUUGGUGACUGGUUUUUUGUCCAAAUUUUGAUUUAUGAAUUGGUGAUUGGGACUUUGUAAUAUAAUUUUAUGUAGCACCUCUUGAUGAAUGGUAGUGUGAUCAUUCAAUGCCUCA